ACAAUCCUGAUGUAACUGUGGCAUAUUUCUAGCGUCGUUCAUUAACGGCACCUCUGUAUGUCAAUGUGUGAACCGAUUUCUCAUGACAAUCAGGACAUUAUUAAAAUGUUAUAAAAACACGAAAUAUCUAGCAGCGAAGAGGAUAGAAGGCGUGUUUCCGGCGGAGGUAAAAUUUGGCGGUAGUUGUCAGCUGUUUGUAAACAAUAGCCUUGUCGUUUCCUUUUCUGCAUGCAUUGCUACACACGACUAUAACAACCGUUGUCUUAAAAAAAAAAAGACAAGAAUUAUAUAAGAAGAAAAAAUAACUAGAUAUCUAGAUUCUAGAUCUAGACUAAACUACAGUGUUUGUGGGAGUAUGAAGUUGACUGACAAUAUGGACGUCAGUGAAAACCCAGCUGUGCCGAACACGGCGAUGGAGGUGACUCCCGACGCCGACGACCAGUCGCAGGAGACUGAAUCUGAAGGGAGGCAAAGAUCUCUCAGUGACAUCAACAGCAUCUUAGAAUUUGCAAAACUGGAAAGGUCAGAUUUCAAGCCUCAAGUCCAGUGCUUGUAUUUCUCGGAACAUCUAGAAAACGACAGCAUCAAACUACUAGAACUUGACCAACCUGUCCUUGAUUCAAUUUUGUCAGGAAAAAGCGUUACCAUCAGGGGAGAUAAGAACGAUGGUGCUGUACUGGUGACGGAUGACAAGACCUAUGACUUCAAGGAAGCGGAAACUUCCAAUUCCAUGUUGCUCUUACCACAGUUGUCCUUUAGCUCAGACUUACCCUCGGAGGGAGAUCAGGAAAUUGUACAGAAGAAGGUUGGCUCCGUGAUAUACAACUACUAUGAGCUGCGUCCAAUCAAACCGAGAUUAAAAAAGCUGAGAAAAUUGCUUGAAGAAAACCCGUACAGAGGCAAAGAGUGCGAGGGGGAUGAGCUAGACACAGGAAAAAAGUACACAUUACCAGAGCUUCAGGAUCGAGUUCAAGCAAGCAACAAAGAGAUCGUGGAAGGUUUACGGAAACUGAACGCCUGUGAACUUUCAGGCUACUGGCGCGUGCUGGACUUUGAGUUUCUGUCGACUGUGGUGUACCACGUGCUGCAGCUGUGUGACGAGAACGACUGGCUGACCACGGGCGUGGACCUGGCUCAGUGCUGUGACGUCCUGCAGGAGUUGUUUCCCAUAGAGCUGGUGCAACACGUGGUCCGCUGUUUUGCCAGAGACGGUGAUGGGGAGGAGAAAUCUACAGCUACUGCCGUGCCUUUGUGUGAGGACAAAGUGUGCAAACAUUUCGCCGAGCUUUGCCUGAGGAAUUCUGGGAAGUUCAACCUGUCAGAUUUCUCCCAAGCCUGGCAGCAGAGUGUCCCCGAGGGAAUGACUACCUCACUCUCUCAGAUACAGGGCAUGGCGUUGAUUGACCGCUCCAGUCAGCCGGAGGUCAUCUGGUACUAUUGUGUGGACGAUUUGCCAGACGAUGUGGCAGAGAGGUUUGAAGUUUUAUUUGAGGAACGCAAGAAAUGGUCUCUGGAGGAAAUCACACCAUAUGUGAUAGAUUUGACCAGUGAGAAAACAGAUGUGGGAGCGUUACUCACCAAGUUCGCCCGAGCUUCCAUGCUCAACGGGAUCAAAGUGUUCAGCUCACGAAAAACUCUGUAACUGGAUGUUUAAUUUAUUGCCACAGUCGCGUGUAUAUUGUGCAUGUUGUUGCAAUGACAUGCAAAGUGAUACGUAUACAGUGGAGUAUGCUUAAUAAACUGAAACCUGCAGGAGUGCUGGAUUUCCUUCAGUUUAGUUUAAAUGUGUUGUCUGUUUAGAGAGGUUGCUCAAAUAGAAGGGGAAAAUUCUGGAAUUUUUAUUUUUUUUCAGUUUACCAUUGUUUUCAGAUUAACCUGGCCAUGUUCGGUCAAAGCCAACUCCACUGUAUGUCAACUUGCAACUUGUUUGUAUAAUUGCCUUGUAAAAAAUUGUAAAUAUUUGAGCAAAAGAAAUAAAAUGAUGCCCAAUAGGACAUGAACUUGUA